AAGGAAGCUGGGAGAACAAAGAACAAGCUCUGGGCAGCUCCUGGGUGUGGGUGCUUUGGAAAAAUGCAAGAUGCAGCAGCUGCUGCUUCCCCGGUGGGGUCUGUACAGGGGGCGAGCCCUUCAUUAAAGGGGGUAGACUUUCUCCGGCUGGAAUCAGCCCCCCUAGGGCAGCCCUUGGCUCUGCAGACAGCGACCCCUGAGCUGGAGACAGCAGGUGACGCCGGGAUGACAAGUGAGAACGGGGAGGAGAAGCCCCAGCAAGAAGAUGCUGAUCCAGGAGAGCCUUGCGGGACAUUCGAAGGGAGAUGCAAAGGGGAUGUUUGCUGUGGUUGGCCACAGACCAAAGCCUGUGAGAGUCAGCGCAGAGCAGAGGACACCGUCAGGAGCCGCUCACACCUUAUUAGACAUCGGAGCAUCCUCAUGGGCGAGAGACCCUACACAUGCUCUGAGUGUGGGAAAAGCUUCAGCCAGAGCUCCUCCCUUAUUAGACACCAGAGAAUCCACACAGGUGAGACCCCGUACGUCUGCUCCGAGUGCGGGAAACGCUUCAAUCGGUGCUCUGCCCUGAUCACACACCGGAGGAUCCACACCGGAGACACGCCCUACACCUGCACCGAGUGCGGGAAAUGCUUCAGUCUGAGCUCGACCCUCAUCACACAUCGGAGGAUCCACACCGGAGACACACCCUACAUCUGCGCCGAGUGCGGGAAAAGCUUCCGGCAGAGCUCAAACCUGAACACCCAUCGGCGGAUCCACACCGGGGAGACGCCCUACGCCUGCACCGAAUGCGGGAAACGCUUCAGUCAGCGAUCAACCUUUAUUAGACAUCGGAGAAUCCACACCGGGGAGACGCCUUACACGUGCUCUGAGUGCGGGAAAAGCUUCAGCCAGAGCUCGACCCUCAUCACACAUUGGAGAAUCCACAUGGAAGAGGCUCCCUAUGCAUGCUCUGAGUGCGGGAAACGUUUUAGCCACAGCUCUGCCCUUAUUAGACAUCUGAGGAUCCACACUGGAGAGACCCCCUACCCGUGCUCCGAGUGCGGGAAACGUUUCAGCCACAGCUCUGCCCUUACCACGCACUGGAGAAUCCACACGGGAGAGAUGCCCUACAAAUGCUCUGAGUGCGGGAAAAGCUUCAGGCGGAGCUCCGGCCUCUGCACCCAUUGGAGGAUCCACACUGGAGAGACGCCCUACGCGUGCUCCGAGUGCGGGAAAAGCUUCAGCCACAGCUCUACCCUGACCACCCACCAGAGAAUCCACACUGGGGAGACGCCCUACACCUGCUCUGAGUGCGGGAAACGCUUCCGGCAGAGAUCCAGCCUCAUCACACACCGGAGGAUUCACACUGGAGAGACACCCUACACUUGCUCCGAGUGCGGGAAAAGCUUCCGGCAGAGCUCAAACCUUUUAUCACAUCAGAGAAUCCACACAGGGGAGACCCGCUGAACGUGCUCUGAGUGCGGGAAAAGCUUCAGUCAUGAGUCAUCUUUUCUUAGAUGCCCACGGGUGACAGACCCUAGACAUGCUCCAAGUGUGGGAAAAGUUAAGCCCUGCCCUUCUUAGGCAUCUGAGAAUCCACACUGGAGAGACACCCUACACCAGUGACUCCCAACCAGGAUGACAGAGGUCUUCCAGGGGUACAUGAACUCAUCCUCAGUAGUUGCCUAGCUUUACAACAGGCUACAUAAAAAGCACUAGCGAAGUCAGGACAAACUAAAAUUUCCUACAGACAAUGACUUGUUUAUACUGCUCUAUAUGCUAUACACUGAAAUGCAAGGACAAUAUUUGUAUUCCAAUUGAUUUAUUUUAUAAUGCUAUGGUAAAAAGGAGAACAUCAGCAAAUUUUUAGUAUUAGUGUGGCUGGGACACUUUUGUAUUUGUAGGUCUGGUUUUGUAAGCAUGUCGUUUUUAAGUGAGGUGAAAACUGGUGGGAGGCAAGAGAAAUCCGACUCCGGAAAGGAGGACAGUGGUCUGCAAAGAGGGAGAGCCCCUGCGCUAUGGAGAGCUCUCAUCUUAUCACACGUCAGAGACUCCCCACAGGCGAGACCCCCAACAUAGGCUGGGGCAGGCUGUGCCUCCCCAAAUAAGCCCAGCGUGGCUCCACCCUCGCUCCGCCCAGAAGGCCCCCUCCUGCUUGCCCUUCCCCCUUGGCCACAGCCCAGGCAGGCUGGCUGCUCCUCCUCAGGGAAGCAUGCUGGGGCUGGGGAUAAGGCGAGGGUGGCCAUGGGUGGCCAGCGGACAGGACUUGGGGUGGCUGGGGCCACACAGCACUGAGGGGCCCCGGGCACUGGCAGGGGAAAGGGAGCAGGAGGGGCGGGGCCGGCCGGGAGCUAGCAUCCCCAUGCCUACAAACAAAUCUGCACGGGAGAGGAAUGCCAUGAAUGUCUCGACUAAGCCUUGCCAAAGAUUUUUUUUCCAUUUAAAUGCAUUUGCUCAUUCCCACACAGCACCCGGUAAGGCUCUUUGCACCAUUGCCAGAACCAUGGCCUCUCGUCUCCUGCAGGUGAGUGGCUAGGCUUGACCACAACUAGCUCCACUGAGGUGAAAACUACCUGUCCCUUGUCUCCGCUCAGAUUGUAGGUGGAGUUAGCUGCUGAAGUGAGCUAUCUUAAUGUAAACACACACAUAUAAUUGCAGUGCAGAUAUAAACCCAGGUACAGAAAAUGGGGUUUGCUUUCCCCUUGACCUGACCUAAUCCCCAUUGCUUUUCCUAGUCUGGACAAACCCUGAGCAUCACAUCUAUACUGUUCCCCCAUUGCCAUAGUCACAGAGAUCUCCCUUUGGCGACAGAAAACAGGUACCAGUUUUCUAAUAUGCCGGGUGGGGCUCAACCCCUGCUCUACCCCAGGACCCGUCCCCAUUCCACUCCUUUCCCCA